AUGGAGUCAUUUGGAACUCAACCUGUCGGAUCUGAUACAUCUAGUGCUGGAACUCAACUGGUCUUUGACAGAUCAGGGGAGUUGUAUGUCUUGAGAGAGAACAAUGAGAAAUUCAACAUGUCAGGAAAAAAUGGAGAAGAAGACGUCUCAAUAAAAGUCUCCACCACUGAUUUUUAUCUUAGAGCAACUCUUAAUUUGGAGGGAGUGUUUUCACUUUUCAAGCAUCCGAAGAAUUCAACUAGCAGUGAAGGUUGGACUACAGUGUGGUCCAAACCUGAUAAUAUAUGUCUUUAUACUGUCAGUUCUGGUAGUGGUGUUUGUGGAUAUAAUAGCUUCUGCACUUUGGGAGAUGAUAAGAGACCAACAUGUCAGUGUCCAAAAAAUUACUCACUGGUUGAUCCUGAUGAUCCACAUGGUGGCUGCAAGCCAGACUUCAUACAAGGAUGUGCAGAAGACGCACUAAGUACGAAAAGAAAUGAUUUGUAUUACUUUGAGAAUUUGACUGAAACUUAUUGGCCCCUAUCCGAUGCUGCAUUUCUAAGGCCUUUUACUGAAGAACUAUGUAUGAAAGCUUGUAUGGAAGAUUGCUUGCGUUCUGUGGCUAUUUUCAGGUUAGGUGAUAGUUGCUGGAAGAAGAAGUUACCACUCUCAAAUGGGAGAGUUGAUACCACACUUGAUGGUGCUAAGGCCUUCUUGAAAGUGAGAAAAUAUAAUAUCUCCUUUGCUCUUUCUCCAACUCCAAUCAAUAGGAACAAGAAUAAUAAGGAAACUUUGGUUUUGAUUGUUUCUGUGCUUUUCGGUAGUUCUGCUAUUCUCAAUGUUGUAUUGAUUGUAACAAUAUGUGCCAGCGCCUCUAUUUUUCAGUACAAGAAGCUUAGAAGAGUUAUCAAAAGUGACACAUGUGUUGAAACCAAUUUACGCAAAACCAAUACUGGCAUAAGGGGAAGAAAAGGGUAUGUUGCAUUUGAGUGGUUUAAAGACAUGCCUAUCACAGUUAAGGUGGAUGUGUAUAGUUAUGGAGUAGUGCUGCUUGAGAUAAUUUCAUGUAAAAAAUGUGUUCAAGAAAUGGAACAAGAAGAUGAAGAGAAAGCAAUAUUAACUGACUGGGCUUAUGAUUGCUACAAGGAUGGUGUUGUAGAUGCAUUGGUUGAGGGUGACAGUGAGGCAUUGGAUGACAGAGAAAAAUUGGAGAAAUUGGUAAUGAUUGCUCUUUGGUGUGUUCAAGAGGAUCCAUAUCUUAGACCAAGAUCGAGAAAUGUGGUACAUAUGCUUGAAGGUACUGUUGAAGUGCAAAUUCCACCAUACCCCUCACAAAUUAGUAUUCAAUAUUCUAUAAAUUAG